ACCCAAAACCUAGUUGGUUCAUUGCUUCGGUGACCUCUGCUUAUGUUCGAUAGUUUUCGCAGGCAUUUGGCGGAUGACUCGAAUAUAAUCCUUGCGGAAAUGAAAACUUAUCUGAAGGGUAAACGUCAAUUUUACAGCCACUUGGAGUGUCACCAUGUCCUUCAAGAGCAAUGUUAAAAGAUAGUACACGCAGUGGAUGGCAAAAGGUGGGCAUGAGUUGACUCCGACAGGAAAGCUAGGAACACUGUCGAUUCAAAUAAUGUGUAACUGGAUAGUAGGAGUGUGGAACAUGCUGUCGACGAGAAUUAUUAAGAAGAACUUUUUAAAAACGGAUUACGAACGCUCUUGAUGGAAGUGUGGACGACAUAUAGGUUGGAAACGAAAAUGACGCGAAAAGGGGUGUUGGAACCGGCGAAAGACAUCAGUUCCCCAAGACAAUAGCGAUGAAUAACGUCAUAACGUGGUAGGAUGACGAUGAACUUAGCAAUAGUGUUUUAAUACAACACUUUUCUCCAAUUGUAACUUCUCUGCAGCUAAUGAAUUGUCAGUUUGGCAAUUCUUACACGUCUGUCCAAUGUAAAGAUGGCACCAAUGUGGUUUUUAAUCAGUACAUGGGCUGUUUGUUUGUUCACAUUGGCCUAAACAAUGUAAACUGGCUACAGCGAACACUCGGAAUCUUCAUUACAGUUGUGAAACAUCUGUGUGGACCUAAUGUUUCCAUACUUAAAAGGAACAAAAGCCGUGCCUUCCUAUUGUCACGUCUCCUUGACACGUGGAUGCAGUUGCAGGACAGCGACCAAGCUUUCCUAGUUGAAGCUGUAGAACAGCUGAUGGUGAACAUUCAUCUUACGGCAACGUCACUUAAAGCUCUCCAGGAUACUGUUGAAAAAUUGAAAACUGUUACAGAAUUUUCACGAAUUCACGCCAUGCUUCUUGUUGAGAAUAAAUUUCUGUCUCUGUAUUCCAGUCGAGGCGCACAAGAAUUGUCAGCAGGAGACAUCAUGUUCUUAAGCUUGAUGUGCGAAGCGUUUUACCUUGCUCCUGCCGAUACCAGCCUCGUUGAGAGCACAGAGAGUGAAGAUGCCGAUGAGUCAAGUGGAGACGAGUUCUACAGUCCGCAGUCUAGCCCGCAAUGUAGCCCUUCUCAGAUGAGGAAGGAGUAUUCAAAGCCCACGCAGGACACCAUCCGAGUGGAUUCACAUACCUCACCAUUGAGAUUUCUGGAUAUCAACGAGGCUGAUGGAAUCAUCAGUCAGAUAGUACUCCUGAUGGGUAGCGGCAUAACGUACAACCCUCAUGUGGUACACAUCUGUCCUUUGGAGGAAGGAGUUCAUUUAGUACUGAUGUUUGAGACUGGAAAUGGUAUGGUGUCUUCUGGAUUGUAUGAUGUGUUCCAUUUCCUUAAUGUGUUACAAACUGUUCAUUUACAAGGAGAGACAGAUGAAGUGAAACACUCGUUUGAAAAUCUUGAGAAUGGUAUCAAGAAAGUAUUUGAAGGUCUGAAGAAAAUGCGCCACAUAAGACCAGAAAUUGAAAAUUGCCAGCAUAGACUGCAGUGUAAGUGGGAAUUUAUGCGAAAGAAAUAUCUUGAAUACAUUAAAACGACAGACUCAGAUUGCUUAUUACGGGUCGAAGCAAGCACGACACCGUUUUUGGAGGAUCUGAAAGAACUGUUGCAGUUCACGUGUUUUGACAACAAAGUACUUGGCAUAGGAAGGGAUGCCGUGCUGGCUGUAGCCGGUACAGUGAAGCAUCGCCUCUCUGAUUUCAGCAGUUUUCUCAAGGUCAAGGCACUACGCAACUUUACUCUUGGAUCCAGAGCUUCCCUAACCAUCAACAAGUAUCUAGAGGAAUUUCCAGGUCUUGUACAUUUUCUUUAUAUUGAUCGUUUCAAUCACCGCAUCACUGCUCCCAGCCUGGACUUCAGUUCAGAAGAAACCACAUCACUGACCAAAAAGAAGAUAUGGGCAAUGGUUGAAUUCAGCAGAGCCCAUCUUCAAGAGGGCCACACAGCUAUUAUGUGGAAGGACACCACUUUCAGUUAUGCAUAUUUCCUGUGGUUUGAGGAUUCUUCGGCAUCACCAUUGAAACCCAAAAUAUUUCCGACUGCCGCGUUAAAGAAUUUUCCAAGGCCAGGAAUCCUAUGUGGAGACUUUUACCAGAAACUGGCAGAAUUUUGCUUCCCUAAGACAUCACUUUGUAAAGUCCAUUGCUACGAGCUGUAUUGCGUUCAUCUGGGCCUUGCCACCUCAUCGUGUGUACUGGAACAGUCGCGAAGAUUAGCAGCCACAAUCUGGGAAGUAACUGGUAUGCCCAGUAACCCAGUCGACUUACUCUAGAUUGUCCCAAAUUGUA